CGUAUCAAAGCGGAUAGACCGCUUCGGUCGUAUUGUCUCAAUCUGAAAAACGUGGAUCGAACCGUUUAUGAAAACGAGAGAAAUCAGUGAUUAAUAAAAUGUAAUCAAAUAAACUCAUCCCGAAAAUAAAGAUUUUGUUUUUAUUUUGAAGCUGAUGUUCGUAUCGUUUCAACUGUAUGUGUUUAUCUAAUCGCAUAUUCAAUUUUGUUCUCGCCAAAGAAACAAUAAAUUUUGUUAUUGUCAUACGAAAAUUUCCCCGUAAUCUAAAAUUGACAUCCCAUUAGCGCAACAACAGUUCAUGCGUCCAGUUUGCGACGGAUACGGCUUUGUUGUGUAGAAGUUUUGCUUUCGAUUCAACAGAGCGUUGCGAGCGGCAUCGUAUCAAGUGACGCCAACCUUUUUCGAUGACUAUUUGUUUUUUAUUCAGUCAAACAGUAGCUAAUUAACACGAUUUAUUCAACCAAAGAUGGAUAAAGCUUGGUGUUGGUAUUGCAUAGGGUGGCGAGGUAUAGCUUUAACCAUUGGCUGUGCCACAUUUGUUCCUGUGCUAUUCGCUUUGAUACUUGCUCAUGACCAUGCCAAUGAUUCAUUAUGCAUAAUUUGUUCCGUGACUGCGAUGGCGAAUCUAUCAUGGUUGUAUGGUGCAUUGAAAUAUAAAUCGAGUUACAUGCUGUAUGCACUGUGCUGGACUGCAUAUUUAAUUGGAUGGUGCACUGAAGUAUUGAAAUUAGAAAAGAAUUUCUCCGUAUGGUCUAUUGUGUUAAUUGUGUAUUGCCUUGCGCUUUUAUGCUACGAUUCGAUCAUGAAGACCGAAGCACGUGAAUCGAUUCGAUCAAACCAGAAUAGUCUUUUCAAUCAAACCCAAGCAAAUCAGGCGGGCCAGCAUCUAAAUCAGACAAACGCAUCAUAUAAUAUUUCGCCAAUAGCAUCAGGUGAUUCAUUAAACCAAAUCGACACAAAAUCACUAAUCAUGACCGUUGAUUAAUACGGAAAAAUACUCAAUUAACUUGUGAUAUAAGGAAAGCAGACUAUAGUUCGGCAUUUAUUACAUUUAGCAACACCAUUACCUCUAUGUUUAACAUACUAUAAGUGGAUGGAAUAUUUGAAUGAAUUUUGAACCAAACCAUUCGAAAAAAUAAAUUUUUCAUACUCAUAAAUAAAUUCGUGAUCAACACCA